UCGAGUUUUUCGUAUACGUUUCAUAUUUAUUUUAUUAUGGUAAAAGUGAAAUUAAUUGUAUUCUUCAUAUAUUUCAGUACCGUUGUAUGCUGUGCCAGUUAUUGUGAGAUAUGUUCCCAACAUACACUUUGCAAAUACACAAUGUCUGGACCAAGUGCCUCUUGUAAACAAUAUGAUGACACGGCUCUUCUUACUAAAAAAGAUAUUAAUGAGAUUGUCACUAAAAUCAAUGACCGGAGAAAUUUUAUUGCUCUCGGACUCUCGAAAGUUUUCCCCCAAGCAGUCAACAUGAAAAAAAUUAUGUGGUCAGAAGAGUUAGCAACGUUCGCAGAACGUUGGGUAAAUCAGUGCGAUCAAUCUUUUCGGCCCGAUAAGGAGGAUCAGUGUCGAGACUUGGUGAACUCUAGUGUCGGUCAGAAUAUAGCCAGCAUAUUAGAUCCGUCACCGGAUUUCAAAGUCAAAAGUUUUGUGGACAUUUGGUCUAUGCCAAUGUUAGAAUACUUCGGAAGCGUUGCAUAUUACAAUCAAACACGGAACCAUAAGACAUACUAUUUUACACAACUAAUCUGGGCUGAUACGGAUAUGGUAGGAUGUGGCAGAGCUAGAUUUUAUCAUCAUAAACAAAAAACAAUGCUCGAAAGAUUAGUAUGUAAUUUCGCACCAAAAGGAAAUAUCCAUGGCAGGCCAAUUUAUAACAUAGGAUACCCAGCUACACAAUGCCCAGUUAAUACUAGACCAGACAAUAAAUUUAAAGGUCUAUGUAAACGGCAGAUACAAGAAAACGAGAGAAAAUUAACACCGUCAUCAUACCGCCCGCGGGUGAGCAGUUUACUUAGGAUCGUUAAUUUGUCAAAUACCUCAGUUAAGCAAGAAAUAGAUCCUGUUCGUAAUCAUUGGAAACAUCUAAAAUUGAAUAUUAAUAAAACUAUUGAACAGAGGCAUCAGAAGACGAGGCACGUCUUCAAUAAUACUAAUGGAUCAAAAAAACUUGUUCAUCACAGUAACUGGAAAAAUUAUAUGAUUAAUACUCGGCGUCCGGAUGAACAGAAUUAUCCUCAAGAAUAUGGACAUUCACAUGUUCAUCACAGCUACAAUGCACACAAAAAUGUUUACACUCUAUUUCAUCAAAGACCUACUGAAGUAAAUAUCAGGAGAUUCGAUUACUCCACAGAUACUUUUAAUUCAUACACACAUCAAGGUUACAGGAAAUAUAAUAAAAAUGAUUGCACACGAAAAAUGAAGUAUCCUAAAAAUAUUUUUUCAAUACGCCAAAACAUUUACGGUAAAUGUACACGGAAAAAUGUAAAUAGCGAAUGUUUACAACCUACAGAAUCAUGUGAAGCAACCAAAAGUACUUAUUGUACUAAUAACAAUGUCUUUCGUCAAGAAUUAUGUUCUUGCACAACACCAGUAGCAAUUACAAAUGUAGUUUGUUCUAGUAGUAGUACUUGUUCAAAUUUUCGAAGACAAGAAGCUGUUACUGCGGUAAGUACAAGGCCUGCUGAAUUACAUUACUAUGAUUUAUUGCCAAAAACUGGCGUUCCUAGUGGCAACAUUAUUGAUGAUAACAUUUCUUUAAGUCCUUUAAGGAAUUUAAUGUCUACUAGUGCUAAAAGAUUCAAAACGACUCAUAAACAGCAUCGACAAAAACAAAUGUCAAAUAUUUAUGUUCAAAGUUCAAACAAUGAUCAUGACUAUUUCUCUUAUAACCCUUUUGAUUUACAUGUAAGAAAAAAACGUGGUGAUGAAAAAUUUAAGCCUUUUUGGCAAGUGAGUGAAUUUAAUCCUAAAAUAUCUGCUCAUUUAAAAUCAAUCAAAUAUACAACGUUAAGAAAUAAAAAUAAAAAAGCAACGAAAAAAAACACAAAAAAUACAAGUAAUCCUACAAGUACGGAACCCAUAACUAUUAAAAUCAAAGAUACUAGCAACCUUAAUGUAACCUUCCGAAUCCAUAAUCAAUAUCCUAUAACAGAGAAAUAUUUGUCAUUUGAUGAAUUAAUGCAUUUAAGAAAAAUGGGUAUUACAGACAUAGAGACUGAUUCACGACGUAAAGCUAAUGAUGCCUUAAGAAACACUAAUGCAGAUACAAGUACAACAGAAAUUACUGCUAAUACUCCUUUUGUAAGAAAAAAACAUUGUACCCGCAAAUUAACAUGUACUUGGACGGCAUCCAGCCCCACUGGAGCUGAUGGAUCUGUAAUUGCAGGAGGUAACAUAGACCGUGGUUCACGUACACCGCCUGGUUAUGUUGACGGAUGUACUCGUACUUCUACAUGUACCAGAGAUUUUAUGGGCAGGAAUAAAAUUGCAACAGUUUCUGAGGAAAGCUUAGGAGAACCCACUCCAGACAAUGAAGAUUAUUGUGAAAGAAAAUCUCUUAAUAUUCGAAAAAGAAAUACUAAUUUGAAACAAAAUGCACCUUUUUCUUCAAAGCGUCCAAGGUUCAAUAAUGAAGACACUCGAGUUUUGCUUUACUCACAAACCUUAACAACAACCAAUUCUCAGGCCAAUUGUAUUUGUUAUAAAGACAACUUUAGGAGAAAGAGAGAUGGAACUAAUAAUCAGUUAAGGGCGGAUAUUGCUAAUAAUGUUUUAGCACCGAAAAGUUUAUCAAGUGCAUUGUCAUAUGGAGAUUUAUAUUUCUUAGUUUUACACAAAAUUAUAGGCAACUGGAAAAGCAAAACAUAUUCUGAUAAAAUUAAUGAAUGUUUGUGUAAUUUCUGCGUAACGUUGAGGAGUAAUAUUGUAUUAAUAUUUUUGUUAUUUAUAUGUAACGUGUAUUACAUAUUUAUUUUAUAAACUUUGUAAAAAGUACAUAUUUAA